AUGUUGCGCCGGUCAUUUUGUUUUAUGAAUCGCCCCAAAGGUCCGCAUGGGUUGCGGCCAGGCAAAGAGUACCGCCUCACCAUCCCUUACCGCAGUGAGGUGACCAUGCUGCGGUGCGCCAAUCACCGUGCCUUCAACUCAAAUAUUCGCGAGCUUUUUAAAAAGCCCCUUAUGCAGAAUAACAUCAAGGCGAUUCCUCGUGACCUGGGCGAGAUACCGCGUAAUUACGUCAUUAAGCUUCUUUUCUUCCACCAACCCAUACGGCUUGUAGAUCUAUGGUCCGUGUGCAAGGAGCACGAUGACGUCCCUCUCGACUCCGCAAAGCAUCUUCGCCUGGUGCUGAAGAUUGCCAAGCUGCAGCGGUGGGUCUACGCAGAGAAGAAUCAGACAAACAAUUUGUAUUAUUAUUACAUUCAUCAAAGCCGUGUCCGGGAGGUGCAGGAGAUGGUCCGCGCGGAUGAGGUACGCAAGAAGGAAAAGGAGUCUCUUGAGGCGGUGGAGGCAGAAAAGUUGCGCCGCGAGGAGGAUGAAAAUCGUCGAAUGGCAUUAGACGAUAAAAUUUUGGCGUUACAGAGUAUUCUCAUCUCUAAUGUGGCGCAGAUUCAACAGUUUGACCCCGCAUUCGUGCAAACGAAACCAUACGUGACGGAGGGUGGGGCGGUGAACGUGGCGUGGGGAUGGCAUGGCACGGAAGACGGAGGAGGUGGGGGAAGAAAAGAAGGACAGGAAUAG